AUGCAUUUCCUGUCGGCGGCCAAGUCCCUGCUCCUGGGAGCUGUCGCCUUCCAGACAGCCGUCGCACACAACAUCGCCCUGGGCUCCCACGGCGUUGAGUGCUUCCACGAGACUUUGCACAAGGAUGACACCAUGACAGUCACCUUCCUGGUGGGCGACCGGGAGUUUGGUUCAGCAGGCAACCUCGAAAUCGACUUCUGGAUUAUCAACCCCGCGAACCAGUAUGAGGUGAACGAGAAGUCCGUCACGUCUGGCGACCACUCCUUCACCGCCCAGCACGAUGGCAAGUACGGAUAUUGCUUCGGCAACCAGCACUGGGGAGCCAACACCAAGGAGGUCUCCUUCAACGUCCACGGCAUCGUCUACGUCAGCGAGUCCGACGCCCCGGCUGACCCAUUGGAGAAGGAGGUCCGUCAACUGAGCGACCUCCUCGACCAGGUCAAGGAUGAGCAGCAGUACAUCGUCAUUCGCGAGCGCACCCACCGCAACACUGCGGAGAGCACCAACGGCCGAGUCAAGUGGUGGAAUCUUUUCGUCAUCGGAAUUGUCAUUGGGGAGUCGCUGUUCCAGGUCUGGUGGCUGCGCCGCUUCUUCGAGGUCAAGCGUGUGGUAUGA